CAUGCAGUACGUCCGAGAUUGUGCGUCGGACAUACAAUACUAAUAUUUGAUCUUCAGCGAGGCCGCACCUGCUUGUAAAGAGCCUAUCACAUAAUCAUGCUGCCAUCCCCUUUCUAUACUCCGCCGUCGCCGAUUCGGCAGUACGGCGGUGACAGAGCGAAAUCCGCGGCUCCAACAAGGCCGCUAUCUAGCCGAACACCACGACCACAUCGGAUUCUUUCCGCACCGGGAUCAAGGCCAGAGGCAGUGCGACCUCGCACAGCCCGCUCUGUGAAUGUUGUGUUCAGCCGCUCAGACUCCGCUCGGACAGAUCGGACGAGGAGGGACAGUGUGUUCAGUCCGUGGACGUCUCGGGCUGCUAGUGCUCGGCAGAAAUGGGAUAGCGCUGCGUUGGAGGAUUUCUCACAUCUGGAGCUGGAGGAGGAUGAGCAGAUUGCUUGGAGUAGACUUCAAGAGAGGGAUUCGGCUCUCGCUCAGGAGAAGGACGCUCAGGUUCAGGAUGUCCUCAUGCCUCGCAUGCUCCCAAGAGCAGCAGAGCAACAAGCAACAUCGGAGAAUGAGGUGAAAUUCGAAAGCAAGCGACCUGGUACAUGGAGGUUGAGUCCCUCAGAGGAGAACCGUGCACGACCAAAAUCAGCGAAAGCCGUAGCGAAGCAGUUAAGACAGCAUCCUGUCACCAACCAGCAAUCAGAUGCAGCUCCGAGAAGGCUUACGACCUCCGGUACCCCGAUAACGCCGAAGCCUGUGUCUGUAGCGCCAUUUCACACUACCCACAUCCCCUCUCUGCGAAGGAGCAUACAACCCAAACUCGAUGUAAACGUGGAUGUGAUUAAUCAAGAAGGGCUGUUUCCACUGAUGGAUCGCGGGAGGAUACCGCACACGGCAGACGUCAGUCGGUGCUUGCUGGAUGGACUGGUAACCAGCUUGAGGGCGUCUCAACCGUCGGCAAAGGAGAGCGACGUACCGAAGAGUACGCAUGUUGAGCUGGAAGCUAGAAAGCCGCCUCUCAUCACUAUCGAUGUGCCAGUAGCUGCUCUAGCCUCUCCAACCCCGUGUCCAUCUACGCCAACGAAUUCGAAGGUGCAAAGCUUAGGCAACUUGAAAGAAACGGCGGUCACAACGGAGGCCCCGGAGAACGUUGACAAAACCGAAUUUCUCAUCUACGACGGUGUCACCGUCGAGACCUCGCCGACCUACCAGUGGUUUGCGGAUAGCACAGAGGCGCCUAUGCUAGCAAAGGGAUUGAUUCUAGAUCGCAUGGAGACGUUCUGUAGGAAAUAUGGAAUCGGUUCAGCGGAAGUCAGCUGCCGAGCCGUCUUCCGCCUGUUAGAACGGCCGCUCGUGUUGCCGAUCACUCGGGACGAUUUGUUAGGCUGUCUGGCGAACGGCCAGAAGAUCCGCAAAGCUCUGCGACUCCCGGAGCAUCGCUUCCACGAUCCAGACGCCGCACCUACUUUGAUCCAAUCCUGGUGGCGUAUGAUGAAACUCAGACAUGCGUAUACCUAUCGUAUCCGCCGCGUGCGAGCUGCCAAAGUCUUGUGGGGGUACUGGCGGCUUAGAAGAGCAGGGUGGGAGAUGCGACGGCGAAUCAACGAAAAACGCAUCACCCAUCUCGAGGUAUGCACGAAGUUGACGCUGAAGCUCAAGCGCGAGUGGAACCGAAACUAUAAGAACAGUAAAAGGAUCAUGAUUCAUUUACCGCCGAGAAUUGCGAGCGAGGCGGAAUAUCGGUUUCCGGAUCUAGGAAGACUCAUGGACUUGAAGGACUCUGAGACGACACUUGUUCUGAUCACACCGGUUCCGUAUGCUAGUGUCAAGGACCAAGUACAGCACUACAUGCAAAUGUCCUUCAGCGCAACAAACUCCGUCCGCCUCCACAACCUAUACCCCGAAGCGCUCCCGAUAUUCAAAGGGCCUAGUUCACCUGCAUCCUGGGUUCUCGCGUCGCCGUCGGUGAUGCGGAUUCUAAGGGAGCUGACGAGCAAUCGGGAAUGUGUGCUGAUACCUGAUGCGGUCGGCAGCGCAGAGAUACAGCUCAGUGCGGAACUUAAAAUACCAUUGAUGACACUUCCAUCGAGCGCAUCAGCAACAUGCACAGCUUCCAAAUUGAGGAAAUUCUUGGAGGUGGCCGGUGCUCCCACUCUUCCUGGAAUCGCUCUACAAGAUGCCUCGCGUGACAGAUGGGUGUCUACGUUGCAAGAUCUGGUAAAAGAGCAUCCGGAGAUCCGAUUAUGGCGGCUCGACGUUGAUAUACCCCGACACAAGCUUGUUCCGGCGCGGCCGGAUCACCCGGAGCGCACGCCGGUGCCUAUGCCCACCGUUAUGUAUAUAGGUUCGUGCGGCUGUCACUUCGCCUUUCCUUCCCCACAUUGUUCACUUCAAUCUCGAUCAUACGGGAACAGAGUCAAAAGACAACAUCCAAUCAGUUCUGCAAGAUGUGCUUACUAGCCCUACAGGCGACUCGGGCGCGAUCCAGGCCGCUGGAGCCGACAUAGACGUCGGCUGGGGACUGCGCGCUCAACAACGACAUUCAGUGUGUGUACUAGUUGAACCUGAUGGAGAUGUGUCUGUCCUGGGCAGCUGCGACCAUUAUACCAGCUCAAGACCCCGCAACGGUGCU